UGGUGGCUCAUUCUGGCAUCAAACCUUGCCCGUCUCACAAUGAAAAUAUGGUGUCGCCAUGCGACGAUUCGAAGCGUAGCAUACAGUAGGUUUUACGCAUGUGCUCAGCGCCCGGGAUGGUCUCGACCCUGGCUUUCGGCAUCGCGGACGCCGACACUACCGAUCUCCGGUUUCUCCACCACAACUGUAUCAACACCCUAUGCUCAAUCACGGGUUGCUUGGUGGGACGACUUUUCGAAUGACGUGAAUGGAUGGCUUGGAAAACAGGCCGUUGGUACUUGGAGGAGAGGCGACGUUUUGCGAGGACGAGCGGUGUUGGACGAGCUGCUGGACCGCGCAAAAGAGCCGACUCGUGAGCAAGCAAGACUUGCUACUUCUGUAUUGCAGCGGUGGGUCGCCGAAGCCACACACGGCGAAAAUGAGUUGAUGAAGGACACUAAAAUGAUGGGUCAACUACCCCGCGUUCUUAUCAUGUGGAAACAGGUGAAGAACCGUCGUCGAAUCGUCAAUUUGAGUCGGCGUCGGCUUAACAAGUCAGCAGAGGUCGUCGAACCCACGGUUCAGCUACUACAGAUGUUUGCGGAAGCUUAUGACGUCACCGGAAAUGAGGUAUUUUCCCCUACAGAUCAAUGCUUUGCCAUUACUUUCGAUACGCUAGGGCUAUCCCCCAAUAUUGACCACACAUUAGAGGUGGUCCAAGACUUGUUGACGCAAUGCUGUCAGCACGCCGAAAAGCGGGGCAGGAUUCCGGAUCUUGUCUGCUGGAAUGCGGCACUUCAUGCUAUUGCCAAAUGCAGUCCUUACAAUCCAAAAGCACCAGAGCUGGUGGAAGACUUCAUUCAAGGAUUGCCGCAUUCACCGACAGUCCGAACUUGGACGGCUGCUUUGUACGCGUGGGCACGCUGUACACAGGAAGAAGGAGCCCCGUCACGUGCUCAAAGCAUUCUCGAUCACUUAGUCAAUGAAGGGCAAGCAACUACGGUUGCGUUCAACUUAUGCAUUGAUGCCUGGAGCAAACACGGGCAACCAGCCCAUGCCGAAGCUACGUUACACAGUUUGCUGCAGGAGUACGAACAAGCGACGACACCAACUGCACGAGAAGCCUUACGACCCAGCGACUUAUCGUUUUUAGCUGCAAUCAACAGUUGGGCAAAAAGCCAAGAUCCUCGGGCAGCUGAGAAGGCUGAAGAACUUCUAAAGCACAUGCAAAGAUUACUCAACUCGGGAGAACAUCCGGGACUAAAAGUUUCAACGCAAGUAUUUUCGGCAGUUUUGGAUGCGUGGGCUCGCCAACCUAACGCUGGGCCAAAAGUUGAAUCUUUACUGACUGGAAUGGAGCACCUAAACGAGGUGAAUCCGGAUGAGGGCACGGCUUUAUCUCUACAAACGUACUCCAUAGCUAUAAAUGCGUGGGCAAAUACAAACACUUACGAGGCACCGGAACGCGCUGUAAAGCUUUUACAUCGAUUGGAGGAACUCAGUUCCCAGGGGAACCCGGCUUUAAUUCCCAAUGCGAUGACUGAGUAUGCUAAAUCGCAUGUGGCGGCUCGCCGAGGGAGCUCGGCCAAAACCAUUCCUCCCAAUACGGUGACCUACAACGUUGUGCUCCAUAUUUUAGCAAGUCAUGGUAAAAUUCGAGAAAUCCAGGAGUUAUUCAACCAAAUGAGGGAGAAAAGUGAUGACUGGAAUGUUCUGCCAGACGUGGUGACGUAUGGGACUAUAAUGAACGCAUAUCGCCAAUCGCGACAAAGCAAUUCGGGAGUGAAAGCCUCCAGCCUUUUAAUGGAAAUGGAAGAAAAGUAUAGGCUUGGCAAUGCAGCAUUGAAACCUAAUCCCACUAUUUACUCAACGGUGUUAGCGGCUUGGGGGAGUAGUGGACAUCGUGAAGCCGCAAUCAAGGCCAAUGAAAUCUUUUGGCAGCUUGUGGAACGGUAUGAGAAAGACGAAAACGAUAUCGUUCCAACUCAACAAGUAUGUAAUGCCGCACUUUCGGCAUGGGCACGAAGCGAUGAAGCCUUAGCGCCAGAACAGGCGGAAAAGGUACUACGAUGGAUGAAAGGGCAAAGGUCCAAGCAUAUUCAUCCUAGCGUAGUUUCCUACAAUCACGUUUUGAUGGCGUGGGCCCAUUCUGAACGCAACCAAGCCUUUUCGCGUAUCAAGGAGCUAAUUGAAGAUAUGGAAUCUUCGUCUGAGACAAUUCCUGACUCGAUUUCGUACAGUAACCUGCUCUUCGCGAUUAGCAAGUCGAAUGGUCCGAGUAGGGCUCGUCAAUGCCUUACAGUCGUCGAGAAUCUCCUCGCCUCAACCAGUGUUCGGUCAAUUAACGCAGGAAUCACUCGUCCAAAGAUUGCUUGGUUUCAUAGCAUCUUUCAUGCCUGUCUCACUUCUUCCCUUUCGGAACGAGAUGAUUCUUUGCUAGUGCUGAAAGAGGCAUCCCGCAUUCUUUUUGAAACGAAGACGUUGCAAAUUACGGAGGGAACUUUUCGUUACAUUCUCAAAGCAUGUCUUCAUCUAUCCGUCGACGAUGCCGAAUUUGUACAAAGCAUAACGGGACGAUGUCUCGCACUCGGUACUCCGAAUGCAGACACUACGGAUACAAUACGCAGAGUCUUAUCUGACUAG